AUGGCGGAAUUCAACUGGCGAACGAUCAACAUUGACGCACUGGAUCCGGAGUCCUCCUACAACUUCGAUCUCACCACGCUCACUCCCGCUGUUCAGCCCGUUUCAACUGCAGAUGUCCAAACACUUACCGGCCAGGUACGGCAGCUACUACGAGGAGGCAACCCAGAGGGUGCGCUGAGAGGGGCACUGGAGAACCCACCAUAUGGUGCAGACGAUCAAGGCAAGCAAGUACACCUCAACACCGUCACCGAGAUCCUCCAAUCAAUACGGCAAGCCGAAAUGACGCCUUUGAUCCAACGGAUAUACCAGUCAGAAGGUGGUUCGGAGGUCUGCGAUACGUUGAUGAAGUACCUCUACAAGGGAAUGGCACAAGGACCUCCAGCUGGAAGCAAUUCGACACAGAGGAAUAUCACGCCGCAGGCAACGGGAUUCUCGCAGAUUGGUGGCAGGAACUUUGGCGGUGGUGAGGGUGGAGGACAGGCUAUGAGUGUGCUGUUGAGCUGGCAUGAGAAGCUUGUGGAAAUUUGCGGCCCUGGUAGCAUCGUGCGGGUCAUGUCGGAUCGAAGGACUGUAUGA